AAAGAGUGUUAAUGAAGGUGAAAAAAAAAGAGGUAGAUGCCAGCUGUAGAGUGCCACGUCGAUAGGGUCGUACCCUCGUUGUUCUUCGUUUAUACUCCAUUUUUAAGUGAUUGACAACAAAAUAAAAAACGCCAUUUUUAAGCAACGUUGAGACAGAGAGAGAAAAUACAGAGAACGAUCGAAGAGAGAGAUGGUUGGGGGGUAUACGUGCAUUGACAUGUCGAGACUUCCUACUAAUAGAGAUGGCUUUUACGCGACGAACAAGCAGUUCCAGAAAUCGGGUCCCAAGGGUUUCAUCGAGGUGAAGGUCCUCGAGAACGACAAGCUCUACAUCCGCGUCGACUUGCCCGGUGUUCCCGACGACGCCGUCCGCCACAGAGUCGACGCCGUGAGGCAAAAGGUUGUCUUUUUCUCCGCCGAAACAUUCAACGACGGCUACGAGAAGGAGGGCGUGCGUGAAUACUCUGGAACCGCCGGUCUAGGCUGUGACUGCUGCGAGAUCACCGGCGUGGAUGCCAAGAUGAAAGAUGGAGUCUUAAGGAUGAUUGUGUCAAGGGUCAAGGUGAAGGACCAUGACAAGAAGUGUACUCUCACUGUGCCUCCUUUCACAGGUAAAUCGGGAAGACGCGUUGAGGAUCAUCCGUUUGUGGUGAAAGGUCGUAAGGGAGCAUUCGUUGGAGAAGCAACACCUGAUGGAGGUCUUUACUUCGCUGUGGAUAUGCCAGGAGCUUGUAAUGAUGAUAUUGAGUUGCUUGCAAACGACGAUGAAUUCAGAUUCACUGCUCGGAUCAAGAACUUCAGUGAGCAUGAUGAGAGUGGCCGUCUUUACCUUGGAAGCAUCGACACUGAACUGUCUUCUUCCUCUGCACUUUCACUUAAGAGCCAACGCAUCACAGCUACUGUGAACUUUGGUGUUCUCAAGGUUAUCAUUGGACCUACCAACAAGGAGUAAUACUCACUCUCUCUACUGCUUUUUCAUUUCACAAAUCUAUCCUUUUGUUUUUUGGAGAACUAAGAUUGAUUAGGCUCUUGUGUGUUUAAGCUGAGACUUGAGACAGGCAUGUGUGAGUCCUGCUUUUGUGUUUGCUAUUGAAUUUAGGGGA